GUUUCCAGGCAGCAGUCUACGGCCCGGGACAGAGGGACCAGGACCGAGAGGGACCUGGUCGCGCGGUUUGACAGAAGCUUUAUGGUUAAGUGAGACGGAGAGAGAGAGAGAGAGUGGUUCUUCUAUCGUGGGAUCGUACCCGACGCGCGCGUUCGUGACCUUGAGCCACGUCGAUGCGUGCCGAGCCGACGCUCCGCCGGCGUGACACCGGUUACGGGAAGAGAGUGUCUCGCGGGCCAAACGUCAACCCGUCACCUCGUCGGAGAUGAGCGGAGACGCUCGACCGGGAGCUGGUCCGAGCACGUGCCAGGCGCGCGGAAGGCGCACCAGGCGACACCAGGUGCGCUAAUCGUGGACCAAUCGGAGGAGAAGCCGAUAUCCGCGGCUCGGCUCGCGAUAUACAAUUAUAUAUACAGGACAUUGCGCGCGCGACCCUCCGGGACCGAGUAGAGAGAUAGGAGAGAACUCGCGCGCGAGUGCGUCGGGGGAUAUCAUUGCUGCAGGUUUAUAUAGGAAUGACGCUGCUGCGAAUCCGCGGCGGGAAUGCCGCGCGUUCCAGGACGGUCCCGAUGUUCGCAGCCCUGGCGCCGCUUCUCAUAUUCGUCGGCUUUGACGGCGUGGUGCACGGAGUCGCGCGUUCCGCCUUUCAUCAAGAUUCAACGAACACUGCCACGGGCCCGAUUUUCGUAGCACCAGUUGGGAAUCAGACUGCCGCGAUUGGCCGCGAAGUCGUCUUUUCCUGCAGCGUACGCAACAUCAGCAUUCGCAAAUACAAGGUUGGAUGGCUACGUAACUCGGACCAGACAAUCCUCUCGAUCCACACCCGGAUCGUGACGCAUAAUGCGCGUAUCUCGGUCUCCUACGAGAGCGGCGGAAGUUCCGGGUCCGGCGGAACGUCCGGCGGUACUUUUGGAGUAACGGGAAGCAGCCAAGCCACGGAGGAAGUCGUCAACGGCACGUGGCGUCUACACAUUCGUCAAUUGAAAGAGACUGACAGAGGUUGUUACAUGUGCCAGAUCAACACCAGUCCGAUGAUAUCUGAGCUCGGUUGUCUCGACAUACACGUGCCGCCCGAUAUCGUUUACGGAGAUACCAGUGCCGACCUGGCAGUGGCCGAGGGCGACAACGCGACUUUGAGCUGUCGUGCGACAGGACAUCCGCCUCCGAGAGUGUCCUGGCGAAGGGAGGAUGGAGAACCCAUCGUCAUAAGGGCUGCUACAACCGGUGGUAGCACUUUCGAGAGGCACGACCACUACAACGGUUCGCUGCUGCAUUUCCACCGUGUCGAGAGGCGACAAAUGGGAGCGUAUCUCUGCAUCGCCAGCAACGACGUGCCGCCAGCAGUUAGCAAGCGAGUGACGCUCGCUGUGAAUUUUGCACCUGUCGUAAAAGCACCCAACCAACUAUUGGGUGCACCUCUGGGUACAGACGUGCAGUUAGAGUGCUAUGUCGAAGCGUUUCCGAACACGAUCAAUUAUUGGGUAAAGAAUCAACGAGGCACGGAAGACGAAAUGUUAUUGGAGGGACCGAAAUAUAACGUACGAGAGGAACGUACGGGAUACACGGUUCUGAUGUGGCUUUUAAUCAAAAAAUUCACGGAGAAGGACGUCGGUAGUUAUAAAUGCGUCUCGACAAAUAGUCUAGGAAAAGCGGAUGGAACUUUAAGAUUAUAUGAGAUCAAAAUCGGUUUCGACAGAACAUCGCGUGGAAAAGAUCACGUUUCCAUUAUCGGUGGACUAGCCGAGGCCGCUCAAAGUUCCGGCGCCAGCAACGGCGUCGAAGGUUUCUCCGGAAGUGGUAGCAGCUUGUCGCACAUCCUAUCGAUGUUUUUCUUCAUACCGAUAUUGUGGCCGCGGUGAAGAAGGCAUCCAUUACUGGUCACCGCUAAGCUACUUAGUGCCGGAUGACUUUGUGCCAAAAAAAGACAAGAAUGUAGAGAGAAUGUGCGAGUGCGAGAAAAGUACUAUAGUAGAGGGACACGUAUGAUAAAAAGAGCGAGAGAGAAAAAAGAGAGAAAGAGAGAAAGAAUGAGAAAAAAGAGAGAAUGGGAAUAAGAUAAUAAAUCGGAGUCUUUAGUACUCCAAAUUCUUCCUACUUUCCUUUCCUACUCCCGAGGACAUUUUUAGAUCAAUGGAUGUUGUCAAUGUACGCGUCGCUUUAGAUUCGCAUUUCGCGGAUCGAUCGAAUAAGCUUGAUUCAUACGAGUCGUACAGCCAUCGUCAGGAAAACGGGCCGAAUCAAUAAAACAUUGUGCUAUAUAAUUUUGCCAUUUCAACAUACUUUAUGUUCUAUGUUAUAUUACACGAUAUUCGUUCCGAAUACGGAUAUUUCAACGUUCCUGCAAUUUUUCAACGAUAACGUUGCAGCAACAUCGCGGAAUAUGUAUAUUUGCAGUCAUUGCGAAAUAUCUUUACGAUGUCUAAUCUUUCAUAUAGAUGAACGAAUAAUAAUUUCGAUCUUGACGGUAACUGUGGCGUUAUAGCGUGAAUCAGACUUGAAUCGUCGAUACGCGGAUCGAGAAAUUUCGAGAGGGAGGCAUUCGCCAUCGCGGAGAUGCUUAAUAAAUCGACGAUAAUAAUCAACGGUCAUUUUAUCAUUGAUUUAUGCGCUGCUGACUGCAAUUUUUGACGUCGGAAAACUUUGAUGUUUCGAAAUAAAAGUAAGGCUCGAACGUUGUA